AUCUUGGAUAAGAGACCCAUUACCGAUCUCAGACGGAGUCCCCGCCGCCCUCAACGUCCUCCAGAUCCCUGCUCCCUCCAGUCUUACUCUUCCGAGCACCAUUCCCUUCAGAGUUCAUACUCUCAACGCCGUCCGAAACAGAAUGACCUCCCCACCACCAUCGACAACUCACGAUACCCUCCAUCCACACAACAUGUACCCCAACACCCACAUCCCCGUCCCCACAGACCCUCGCAUAGUCUACACCUACGCCGAACGCAACAAGGAGCCUAUCCUACAAGCCCUCACACCCUAUUUGCAAAAGGCAUCGCGUGUCCUCGAGCUAUCCUCCGGCUCCGGUCAACACAUCACCCAUUUCGCCGCCUCCUUCCCACACACUCAUUUCCAGCCCUCCGAACUCGCCGACCCCGCUUUACACGCCUCCAUCACGGCCUACAUCGCACCCCAUCCCAACAUCUCACCGCCCAUCACGCUCAACGUGUUAUCACAACCCAAUUGGGACAACCUCUUGACGUUAGUGGGCGAGGAAGGGGGGUAUGAUGUGGUGUAUAUGGGGAAUGUACUGCAUAUUGCGCCGUGGGAGGUCACGCUGGCGGUCGCGCAGAAUUUGCACAGGGUCGUGAGAGAGGAGGGAGUGGUGGUUGUGUAUGGACCGUUUAAGAAGGAAGGGAAGUUCACGACGGAGAGCAAUGAGGAUUUUAAUAGGACCCUACGAGAGCGGAAUGCGGAGUGGGGGUUACGGGAUAUUGGGGAUGUUGAGAGGGAGUUUGGGAAGGGUGGGUUGCGGUUGGUGGAGGUGAGGGAUAUGCCAGCGAAUAACUUUCUUUUAGUAUUUGGGAGGGCCGCGGAAGGAAUCAAGGAUAGUGUAGAGUUUGAUGGGACUGUAGAGUAGAUGGGAGUAGAGGAGAGUAGAGGAGGAUACGCUAGAUGAUGGACGAAAUGCCUAUGUACAAAUGUGUGGACAGAGAAUUUCCAAGCGGACGAAAUCUACGGCCGCUCGUCGGCCUGUUUUAUCGCCUCUCGCAACCAUCUAUCCUCUAGACUGAAGCACCCCUCAUCAGCGCCCUCCACCCAGUAACAGCAAACCCCACCCCAAAAAGUGCAUCCGCAACCCCAUACGUCGCAAAAAACAACGCAGCAAGCGUCCUCCGCAACGUCGCCUUGCCGGCAAGCGCUCUCCGCCGAUGCACGGAUGCGGUCCGCAGGUAGUGGAUGACGUAGAUGGCUUUUUCGAGGGUGAAGGCGAGGCAGAGGAGGGGGGAUGUCUGUUGCGAAUAGAGAGAGAACGAUGAAUGAUCGAGCG